AUGGAGGAGGACGGCCCUAGCCGGAGCGGCCUGCCGCCGGUCGGGGAGUGCGAAUGGAGGGAGGAGCUGAGGCAGCAGCAGUCCCAGGUCGAGGCGCUGCGCGACAGGCUCGUGGAGGUCAAGGUCGGGAUGCGGCGCUCCGAGGACGAUUCCGGCCGGGAGCUCGAGCACCUGUGCCGCAGGGUCAAGACCAUCGCCACCCUGCUGGCCUACCUCAAAUCCAAGGCCAGGAUCAUGGCGAUACCGCACCUCGCGCACACGUCCUGCGGGAUCAGGAACCAGGACGGCGUGGGGUUCGUCGACCGGCACGGGGUGCCCCUGGCCGAUUGGUCCAAGGCCGCUGAGCCCGCCUCCUGUGGGGGAGGUUCGGAUGACAGGGCGUCGGCAGAGGGUAGCGGCGUUCACAAAAAUUGUGAUGCCGUUGAGGGGGAUGGAGAUGUAGAUGAUAUUCUUAAGUCCAUCCGUGUGGUGACAGACGUCAUGGAGUCUCUUGUGAAGAGAGUGAUUGUGGCUGAGUCUGAAACUGCUAAUGAGAAGGAAAAGGUGAGGAUUGGCUUGGAAGAGAUCAGGAGGAAGACCAUACAGGUCGAGUCCAUGUCGGUCAAAGUCGAGGAGAUGGAGAAAUUUGCGGUCGGUACGAAUGGUAUGCUGAAUGAGAUGAGGCAGCGGGUUGAAGAUAUGGUGCUGGAGACCACUCGGCAGAGGCAGCGCGCUGCUGAAAAUGAGCAGGAGCUCAGUCGUGUGAAGAACGACUUUGAGUCGCUCAGAACUUAUGUGAGCACACUCGUUAGUGUCAGAGAAACUCUUCUUUCAUCGGAGAAGCAAUUCGAGACAAUGGAGAAGCUUUUUGACAGGCUAGUCGCAAGGACCAACCAGCUCGAGACUGAGAAAGCACAGAAAGAAGCUGAAGUCCAGAAGGUGAUGGAGGAAAAUGUGAGGCUACGUGCCAUGGUCGACAAGAAGGACGCACAGCUCCAGGCGAUGAGUGAGCAGUGCAAGUUCAUGGCUCUGAACCGUCCAAACUAG